UUGAAUUUUUAUUUUAAAAUGAAGUUUAUCACAUCAAUGCUCUGUACAAUAGUGAUAGUCGGUAUGGCUGAAAGUGAUACUUUUAGCUGGGGUAAACGCCAGAAUAAUGAUCAAAAACUACACGUUCUCAAGCUUAAAAAAGGACCGUUGGAUCAACCGGAGAAUAUUACCCUCGUUUUCAACUAUGCCGUCAAUCCGGUGCGAAACGAGCAAUUGACUUGUGUCGAGAUCAAAUUCGAUGGAAAAUAUGGCGCCGUUGUCAAGCCAGGAAAUUCGGAUUUUAAGCGAUCAUUCAAAGUUUCAGUUUCGCCGCUUUCUCCAGUCAGAGAAUUUGAGGGUGAAGCGACUAUUUACGGGUUCGAUAGCGCUUGGUUUUGAGGAGCUGCAAAACCAUUCAAAGAUGAAAUCUCUUUCCUCAAUUAUUUAAAACUAAAUCAUCGAAUACAUCCGAUCUGAUCAAUCAAAAUUCUUCUUUAUCAACGAAAGGAAGUGCUCAUUCAUUGAUACACAUCGUUUAGUAAAAAAA